AUGGCGGUGACCUCCUCUGCACAGCAACACCUUCCUGCGCCGCCCACUCUGCAGUGCUUGCCGGCGCCUUCCACUCAACAGUACCUGCCCAUGCCAGUCUACCCUCAGUACUUGAUGGCGCCUCCGACUACACAGACUACUCCUUCGAUGCCUCAGUCUGGGUUGUUUCGACAAACCCAGGCUACUGCUCCUUCAGCACCUCCAGUUCUAGGGGCAUAUGCUAUGCCCUGUGUUGACGGCAGAGACCGUGGAAACGUGGUGACAGGUAUUAUUUCAGUUGAUUCGUUUGAUGCUCAUGCUCUUUUCGAUUCUGGCGCUAGCUUCUCGUUUGUCUCGAAGGGUUUUAUGGUUCGUGCUAGUCUUUCUAUGCAGAAGAUUAGUCUGUCUAUUGUUGUCAGUUCUGCUAGAGGUCUCAUCUCCAGUUCUUCUGUUUGCCCCGGUUGUGCUAUUCAUCUUGCUGAUGAAACCUUUGUUGCUAAUCUGGUGGUAAUUCCUUUGGAUCCUUUUGACGUUAUUCUUAGCAUGGAUUGGCUUUCUCGGUAUAGAGCAUUUAUUUCCUGUUUCUGGAAGACAGUCUCUUUACAGGCACCAUCGGGUCGAGAGGUGGUCUUUCAAGGGAGUGCGGUGAAGUACACUCUCUCUUUGUUGUGCCAGCUGUUUCCUGAUCGUUGGACUCGGAAGUCUGGCGUUCUUUUGGCGAUGGUCGAUGAUCGCAAGGUUGCCUUGCACGUGGAGGAUAUCCCAGUGGUGUGUCGCUACUCCGAUGUUUUUCCUGAUGAACUUCCAGGUGUGCCCCCUGAGCGUGAUUCGGUUUUUGAGAUCAAGUUGGUUCCUGGCACGUAG